AUGGAGGGCGCACCAACAAGCUGUGGAACGGAAACUCAAAACCCAAGAUUUCGCCUUAUCGAGGAUUGCAGCAAAGACGUGGGGCCCGAGCCUAUCCAGGGCUCGGGAGGUCUACCUCCAAGAGCUACAGGGCCGAAGGGGCCUGCAAAGGUCUUGUCAAAAGCUCAGAACAGGAGCCUUCGAAUAGUAGUAGGGGCAUACAAGUCAGCUCCUAUUCGGUGCCUAGAAACAGAGGCCUGGGUGCCACCGCUAGACUUAUAUCUCAACAAGCGGCUGGCUGACUUCGAGGGCCGGCUACAGAAGCAGGCCCUACAAUCAGGGGCUGGGCCGGAGGCUGAGAGAAUAACCACGGGGCAUCUAAUCACUAAGGCCUGCAAUAAGGUCUACCGAAGGUUCAACAAGAGGAGGAAAACCCGAGGCCGGAGGCCCCGUCAGGGCCCGCAGAGUCCCACGCCCACUGAACUAGCCGCUAGUGUAGUGGCCCAGUGGGUUAACUACAAAUGGAAGAUCGGGGGGAAGGAUAGGGGGUCGAAUACCAAGGAGGUGGUCGAAUACCAAGGAGGUGGUCGAACUGGCCUGGCAGGCCCGGUGGGAACACAGAGAGCUAGUCAACAAAGUACUACUCGACAGAGGGUAUUAAACAGGAGUAUAGCCGACGAAGACCCCCCAGCCCUCUUAUUUACCGACAAAGCUCUGAUGAGACACGAAGGUCUUACAAAGGCGCAGAGCUCCCUCCUUUCCCAGGCCCGUAUCGGGGAUAUAGGCCUCCGGGACUACCUGUUCAGGGUGAAAGUCCCGGAGGUCCGCACCCCCUAUUGCGAGUGCGGGAGAGGCAGGGAGACGGUGGAGCACUUGGUGGUUUGGUGCCCCGACCCGCCGUCACAAAGGCCGUGGGACGGCAGAGAGAUUCGGUCACAUCGGGACCUACAAACCGUAUUACGGGGAGUAGGUGCCCGGAGCAGAAGAUUUGUUAGGAAGGUCCUUGGCUGGCUGAUGGACUCUGGCCGGCUACUGGAGUAUAGCCUGGCCAGAAGGCUGGAGCUAGAAACAGUGGAUGGGGAGGGCUAG